UACAUUUCCCACAAGGGCCACCCGGACGCCCGUCGGUGUGCGGAGAGCCGGGGGAACCCGCGGGGAGCCAGGCGGGCGGCGCUCUCGCCGGCCUGAGGGGCCGAGCCUGAGGAGGGUGCGGAACCGACAGUCGGCCCCGCCCUCCGUCCUGGUCGGGUCGAGGUCUGCGCUGCCACCUUGGAGGCGGGAUUGGCCGCCACCCGGGGUUUUUUCGGACUCCAGGUUUCCCUGCCAAACACGAGGAGUCCAGGGAGAGCAAGCACACGUCCCGGCCCGAGCGCGCCCAGGCAGGGAUGGGCCGCGGGAUCUGCUGGCCCUUCUCCGCGCUCCUGCUGGCCGCUCUGCCCCCGGUGCUGUUGCUGGGGGCGGCGGGCUUCACGCCCUCCUUAGACAGCGACUUCACCUUCACUCUCCCGGCAGGCCAGAAGGAGUGCUUCUACCAGCCCAUGCCCGCGAAAGCCUCAUUGGAGAUCGAGUACCAGGUUUUAGAUGGAGCAGGAUUAGAUAUCGAUUUCCAUCUUGCCUCUCCAGAAGGCAAAAUAUUAGUUUUUGAACAAAGAAAAUCAGAUGGAGUUCACACUGUAGAGACUGAAGUUGGUGAUUACAUGUUCUGUUUUGACAAUACAUUCAGCACCAUUUCUGAGAAAGUGAUAUUCUUUGAAUUAAUCCUGGAUAAUAUGGGAGAACAAGCACAAGAACAAGAAGAUUGGAAGAAAUAUAUUACUGGCACAGAUAUGCUGGAUAUGAAACUAGAAGACAUCCUGGAAUCCAUCAACAGCAUCAAGUCCAGACUAAGUAAAAGUGGUCAUAUCCAAACUCUGCUUAGAGCAUUUGAAGCUCGGGAUCGAAACAUACAGGAAAGCAACUUUGAUAGAGUAAAUUUCUGGUCUAUGGUUAAUUUAGUGGUCAUGGUGAUAGUGUCAGCCAUUCAAGUUUAUAUGCUGAAGAGUCUAUUUGAAGAUAAGAGGAAAAGUAGAACUUAAAACUCUAAAUUAGAGUACUUAAAAUGGGAAAGAGGCAGAAAAAUGCAAUAAACUGUUACAGUCAAGACCAUUUAAUAGUAUUUUCCAAAAUGUUUUCACACAUUCUAAGUGUGAAACAAGUAUACAUUUGAUGUGAAAGGGAAGUCCUCACUUUCUGUGCAAGUAACCUUACUCAUUUAUUCUUAAGUCUAUAACAGGAGUAUUAUACAGAAUAUAGGUUUAAUUGAAUGAACCCAUUUUAAUAACUGUGUUUUCCUAUAUUUGAAAAAAUGUACAAACGUCAUAGAAGAAAUGGAUAUUGGGCCUAAAUGCAAUACCAAGUAACCUGUUUAAAAGAUUGUUUAAAAUGUUGUCUUACUCAGACAUUUGGCAAUUACAAAUUAACUGUAGAAGAUGUCAAUAUAUUGUUAUAAAUCAUCUUAGAAUUACCUAUAGAUGAAUGUAUCUUUAGAAGACAAAGGCUUAAUUUUUCGUAAGUAUCUCUCCUAUAAUAGAAGCAUAGCUUUCAGAUAUAAAGAUUUUUGAGAUUUUUUUAUACACAACUAUAUAUUUCAUUAUAGAUUAUUAACAAAAAGUUUAGUUUUAUAUACUUAGCCUACAUUUCAAAAAGCUGACAUUCUUAAAAACACAAAGUUAUACUUUUCUCAAUGAUAUUAGAACAAGUGUUGGGCCAGCUUGUGGCUUAGUAGUUAAGCUAGAAUCCACAUGGCCUACUGUGUGGUUGGAUUCCCACUUGAAAAUUAUGCCAGGCAAGUGUGGGCACAUGCCCAAA